GUGCCUCUGAGCCAGAUGGAACCCAUUGGAAAUAAAGUGAGGAGAAAGAAAAGAGAAAUGUGACCGAGAUGGGGCAGUUGGCAGAGGAAGGAAGCUGAUAAAAAAAAAUGAGAGAGAGAACAAAGAAAUCGCGACCAAGAGGAACAAACUGUGGAGGCAGCUUUACUUUUUGGGCUGUGGAAAAAACUUCCAGGGCAUCUCAAUCACUGGAAUAACAGGGAGCAGUCUGCGUUGUUGCAAAGGGCUUGCAAAAGGAGCAAAUAAUCUUGUGGCUGCUGCCCAUACUGAAUGGGAAAAGGGAUCCUGUGAGCAAGAGCGAGGAGGAAACUGCCUGCCGGAGACUGCAACAUUUCUGUAGCAAAGUGUGCUCCAAAGUUCUCUCCAGGAUCCUCUGGGCUGCAGCUCUUGGUGGGGAGAACCCCCAACCGGGAAGGUUGCCCUAGCAUUCCCCCCUUGCCCCUCCCACGCAUGCUUUGGGAUUAUAGGUCAUUUUUGAACAAACAACAAAACUAGCGGAUUUCAGAGUGAAAUUCCGGAGGAAAUUUAAAGAGCAUCCGGAUCCGGAGAAAAAGAGAGAGAGAAAGAGGAAGGAAAAUAUAAAUAAAAACGUGGAGUGAAUCUAAGGCAAUCAAAGAAGGGACGAGGAGAAAGAAACUGACACUGACGUGGAGAUGGGGAAAUGAAUCACUGAGGAGACCAAACCAAGAUCUAGGAAGCUGCUGGAAGACUGAUGCAUACUAACUUCACUAUCUAAUAGUCUGUCCAGCCGUUACUAACCAAUGUCAACAACUAGGGAGCAGCCGAUCUUCAGCACUCGGGCCCACGUUUUUCAGAUCGACCCAGCCACGAAGCGGAACUGGAUCCCUGCCAGCAAACACGCCCUGACUGUCUCUUACUUCUACGAUGCCACGCGCAAUGUGUACCGGAUCAUCAGCGUGGGCGGCACCAAGGCCAUCAUCAACAGCACCAUCACCCCCAACAUGACCUUCACAAAAACCUCCCAGAAGUUUGGACAAUGGGCGGACAGCCGAGCCAACACAGUAUACGGGCUGGGCUUUGCCUCGGAGCAGCACCUCUCCCAGUUUGCAGAGAAGUUCCAGGAGGUGAAAGAAGCAGCCCGUUUGGCAAGGGAAAAAUCGCAGGAUAAAACGGAGCUGACCAAUCCUGCCCUGAACAUUACAUCUCACCAGGUGCUGCCCAGCACCGUCAUCAGCUCCAAUGGGCCGGGAGACGAUAAGCUGUUCCGGAGCCAGAGCGCUGACGUCGAGAUAACAACGGAGAAGGAGCGGCUGAAGAAGAUGCUCUCCGAAGGCUCGGUGCCCGAGGUUCAGUGGGAAGCUGAAUUCUUCACCCUCCAGGACAACAACAACAAGCUGGUGGCUGCCCUUCAGGAAGCCAACGCCAGCGUGGAGCAGUGGAAGAAGCAGCUGGCCGCGUACCAGGAGGAGACAGAGACGCUGCAGCUGCGGGUGGCUGAACUGGAGCUGCAGAGAGCCCAUGAUUCCUCCAGUGAGGGUAGCAAGGAGGAGCUGAACCAGACGCUGGAGGAGCUGGAGCUGCUGAUCAAGGCUAAAGACGAGGAAAUUCAGCAGCUGAAGAGCCAGAAGAGCAGCCAGUGGGAGACGGAGGGGGAGCGCGAGGAAAUGCUGCAGAAGCUGCAGGAGCUGGAGGGACGCAACGCGGAGCUGGAGCGAGGUUUGCAUGUGGCUGAGCAAACCCUGGCCGAGCAGCUGGCCGAGAGGGAGAAGAUGCAGGGCGAAGUCACCAAGGUGGGCGAGCUAAUGGAUGUGAAGAUAUUUGAGCUCAGCGAGCUCCGGCAGGGACUUGCCAAGCUGGUGGAAAGCAACUGAGCAGCCUGGCCACAGAGACACCUUCCGGGAGGGGCAGAGCCCAGCUGGGGCCAGUCGCAAACUGCAGCAGGGCCGUGGAAUUGUGACCUGGGCGGCGUCCAGCCACAAACCAACAGCCCCCUGCAACUGUGUGUGGAGACUGGCCAGAGCUGCCUCCUGUGCAUUGAGGGCAGACGUGGUGCCAGUGGGCAGCUGAACUGUGGGGGGUUUCCACCCAAGGAGCGUCCAUGAGUCAUGUCCAGACCUCUCUGGAUCCUGCCCGGCGGCGUGGUCCAGAGGUGACAGGGUCUCCCCAUGCUGCUCAAUGACAUUACUCUCCUAGCCUCACUCACUAACGCAUUUCCCCGACAUCUUUACAGAAGGAAACACUCCUAUUCUAGAGACAGGGGUCACCUGCCUGCCCAUUUUUCAGUAGUUUUAUAGGGAACCGCUUGCUUCUUGUGAACCAAACUGCCUGGCUCCUCCUUCCAGGCCCCAGGAGGCGAAGGCCCAUCACACCAUGGGCGGUAGCUGCUCCUUCUCCCCCUUCCCAACCGUACUCAUGUCCCAUCUUUUUAAUAGACUCUGAUCACUUUUUAUUCACUGUCAGGGGCUUCCAGGACCCCCAUGGGCAGGAACGGCUCCUCACCUGGCCCCAUUCCUCUGUGGCUGCCCAGUCAUACCCUCCAGAGGGGAAUAAGUUGCAGGAUUUCAAGAUGUUUUUUAUUUUAAGGCAGUGGGUUUUCGUACUUUCCAAAGCUGCUUUAAGCUGGGAGAAGCAGGCAGUGCUGGGGAGAUUAGGGUUUGAGAAACAGGAUAGCUUGGGGGGGGGGGGGCAUCUGUCCAGGCUCCAAGGGCUGUCACUCACCUGAGUUAAACGCAGGAAAUCCCAGGUGCUCUUGUUGCCUCUUGGGAAGCGUGGUCCAGGGAUAUAGCAGCCACACGAGCCACAUGGCCUCUGGAGGGUGCAGGCCCCCAUGCUACGCUCCACCUUGAGCUGCAUAGCUGGAUGCAGCUAGGACGCUGGCUGUUUGGAGCACAUUGGGCCUGGGUUCCCUAGGGGCUGCGGGACAUUUGUGGGUCCUUAUGGAUGUUGCCAAAUGAUGUAAAUCCAACAAGGCCUGUAGGAGGAGGGUCUGUUACACCCCUCCACCCCCCCCCCCAGGCCCUGUGGAGCCCACUAGUUGCGUAGUAGCAUGUUUAGCCUGUGUCUAAUGAGGAAGCAGCGUGUGUAGACGUAGCCGGUUACCCAGAGGGUCCAGGGCCGGGUCUGUUUUUUAUUUUUCUCCUUGCUGCCAUAGGUGUAGUGUAGACAGACAUAACUGGAGAAUGUUUCCAUGGGCUUGUAGAGAUGCUGCAGAAUCUGCCUAAAACUCCAGCAACCCCAGCAGCCAAAUCCUGCCUUCUGCCCACAGGGUCAGAUCCUCUGUCUGCGUGUACCUGGGUGAAAAGCAUAACUCAGGUGGGGCUGAGCCGCCUCUCGCUCAUGCCCCCAGCACGAGAAGAGGUUUCAGUGUGAAGCUGAUGUGAAGGGAAGUGAUUGCUCUGAUUUCAGUGGAUCUGCCAUUGCACCUAACUGCCUCAGGGCUCCCUUGAACCCCAGCCCCUGCUUACCCCUGUGUAACUGAGACAGGCAUUUGGCCUGUUGCUUUCCGUAAGGGCAGGAGCAGGUGCCAGGGAGAUCCUGAAGUAGGUGUCUAGGUUAGGCUGGCCCCCUCCCUCUCUUUCAAAGCUUAGGAGUUGUGGGGAAAUGUAGAUUUCUGAACCUGUGCAGCCAGGAGAAUUUUUUUGCAUGAGCUGCUCCCACGCCUGUGUGGGGGCUAGAGCUAGCUGUAACGUGUGCCGCCCGCAGGGUGUUCACUGUGUGUGUGGGGGGAGACAAGAAUGGCCGGGGGUACAUGCAGCGCUGGGUUCCGGGUCCGGAGGCAACCGUGGCCCCCUUGGAAAAUAAGAGAUCAGCCGCAGGAAAGGUGCAUUCACUCUGGUUCCGCUAGCGGCACUGGGUUAAGGAGGCAUCUCCUCUUCAUGUUGUCAGCCGCUCACCCACCCCCGGGUCCUGUCUGUGUCUCACACCACAUGCAAACUACCUGGAGAAGGGGCAUGUUAAAGGGACUAGGUCUGACUUCCCACCACUAUGUCCUCCAUGUCUCCCCACCCAGCCUCUCGCUACUGUGUAGCCGGUGGCGAGAUUGGAGUUUCCCAGCAAUCGGGGCGGGCUGAACUGGCUUGAGCAACAUCCCAGGCUGAAUCAGCUCCCUCAAGCUGAAAGACGAGGAGGUGGCAAGUGGAGCAGGACUGAUUCUGAGUGGGAAUGGAGCUGACACAAGCCACAGCACGGCGCUCAGCUGAGACUGCGGCUCUGCCCGGUUCCCACCUGCCUUGCUCACCUGUGCGCUUGCUAGCCCAGACUUGUUGCUGGCAGCAGCACUGUCACUAGCCAGGGUUUGUAAUGACCCUUUACAUCUCGCAAGCACAGCCCCAGUCGCUCCCGGUGUAACACCCUCAGCCCCCCAGCAGAGGCUAAUUUGGCUCAUUGACUGACUGAAGUCGGGAGUGUGGCAAGGGCUCCAGUCACGCAGUGAUGUUACAAACACACCGCCAGGAGCCAUGUGCAUGGCAAACCCUGAGCGCCAGCCUGCACUUGGCUUAGCUUUCCCCUCCAAGCACGGCGCAGGAGUCAUUUGUCUCAGGCUCACACUCCAGCCAGGACCUGAUUGGCUCCGGCCUGCUUCCCUCGGCCGCAGCUGCUGCUGCUUUCCUUCCUCUGUCCUGCAGAGAUGCAGCGCCAUGCACUGAGUCACCACGCCUCCGCAUCCAGCUGUGUCACGGGGAGCCAGGACACCGAAGAGCUGGGCAUGGUGAGUCAUGGCCAAGGAGCUGGCCGAAGGCAGGAAGGGGCAGGCUCUGCCCUGUCUGCCUGUGAGGGGACGGGAGAAUAGGGCCCUAGAACUUGUUAGCUUGCUGAUUUAAAACCAUGCGAUGUUAAGGCUGGGCCCUGAACCAACCAAAUCUAUUCUGGGGGCCGAGUCCCCAUUGUACUACCAUACCCCCGCAAGAGCCUGAGGCUCUCAGACACGAGGCUCCAGUUUAAACAAGGCAGGUUAACAGAAAACCCCUCAUGCUCCAUGUAAGGACACACCCCACGCUCCUCGACUGCCAGGAGCUGAUGGGGCACAGCCCCUAGUCAUGACCCAGCAGCAAGAUGAUGAUCCCAUGAAAGGCAGGCCACCAACAUGCAAACAUGCAUGGUUUGAUUGAAUGCUGCCCCUCCGGGGCUGACAAGGCAGAGGGCAAUGGGGCAGGGCAUGGCGCCCCCUCCUGGGGUUAGCCAGCUCAUCUCCAUCUGAUCUCAUUGAGUGGGCAGUGCCUGGCCCUGGUUUGGAGGCCUGAGCAGAGUCGGAGGCAUCUCACUGCCUGGCGAAGGCACCUCUUCUGGUGCGGCAUUGCCCAAGAGCGGCUGGCUACACCCAGGGUCCCAGCACAAGUCCCUGCCAAGCCUGGCUCAGCCCCAUGCUGCUGUGGGCGAGGCCCCGGGCUGGCAUGUGAUGCUGAAACAGCCCCAGCCCCACCUGCCUUCCAAGACCUCUCCGCUGCUCGUGCCCCGUCCAGCGAUCCAAUCCAGGACGUAGCACCGCUGCACGGGAGCAACCGGGGCUCCCGCCGCACGGCCCAGACCAGGGCAAGGGGCUGGGGCUCGUUGGAGUGGGGUGUUCCCUCGGGGCUGGUGGGGAGCAGAAAGCCCGGAGCUGCAGCUGUUAGAAAGAGCUCAGUGGGUUUCCACACGACCAGCGUACAUUUUGGCCAUGACAUCACGACCCACUUCCUCACCUGCUCCUGGGAACACCCCUGCCUCACAGACCCUGUGGGACGGACCUGUCAGCAUCCUGGUGGGGCAGGCCUGGGACCGCACUGCCCCCAGAGAAAUGAGCAACCCCAGGGUGCCAGUUCUCCCUUGCUGUGACACUUGUGAGCAUGGCCCAGUCACACACGCCCCAUGAACCGAUUUACUUCCUCUCAAUCUAAUUCUCUAGCCGUGGACGCCUCUGGCUGAGUUGCCCAACUGCCUCCUCACUAGGGCACGUCCGCAGCCUGUGCUCCUGCCCUUGUCUGCCUGGGGGCCAGCAGGGUUUUGGGGGGCCGGGGGGGGGGCAUGUGGCGCACUGUACAGUCGACCUUGGCCAGCCUGUGCUAGGACACUCUGCCCUCCAGGUGUUCAGGACCCAGCGAGAGCGCAAGCCAGUUUCCGUUACACUCUCAUUUCCCCACGGGUGCUAUUUGCAAUUGCCAGAGUAAUCUGGAAGAGCAGCUUUUCAAUCUGCUCUGCCCUGUCGCCCCUGUUCAUUAAAAGCCUUUUACCGAGGCAGUGCAGGGCCAGCACGGGCUGGAUGACUCUGGAGCGCCUCUCCCUUUGCAAUCCUCGGCUCUUCCAAACCAACAAAUCCCAUUUAUCACCAGCUAGUUCCAGAAAGGCCCUAAAUCCAGAGGAGGCAGCCGCAUGGCAGCUGGGUGCAGCAAAGCACAGCGUGGCUCCACCCCACUCAGAUGAAGCACUGACUCCGGGAUCUGUUAAGACAGCCCACUCCUAACACCAACCCACACUUCCCAGGCCUGGGAAGCGCUCCCAUUUCAGCACCCACGAGAAACCCGAGGGGGUUCCCCCAGACUUCCGUCUUCAUCACUUUAAAAUCACUUCCUUAUGCAAACAGCAGCCGGUGAACUGCAACGCGGCCGCUUUUAUUGUUGCUUCUCUCGCCCACUGGCAAUUAUUGUCAAGCAGCCCAAUAACAGGGGCUUUGCUGCUGGCAGGAGUAAUUCUGCUGACUGCAGAUAACUCAGUACGUUUGAUGCAUCUGCCGGCAAAUGGGCUUCUUAAUUAUUUAGGAGGCAAUGCAUGUAAAGCACAGCCUGAGCAGUGAUUGGGGUGGGGGGGCUGUUUGUAUGUGAGAUUAGCCUGGGAAAAACAGUCUUCAGGGUCUUCACACCUAAAGAUCGGGGCUGGGCUUCCCCCAGGUAAUUCACUGAGCAGCUCCCACUGAAUGUGGGGGGGUUUGGAUACCAGACUCCCACAAAGUCCCAGUCUUGGGCAGCUGCCUGGUUUUCAGAUCUCCCACUAGGUUCUGAGGUGCUAGGUUUGGAGCCCUUCCCUCCCCGCCCCCAUCCCAACUCACCCGCCUGGAAGAGUUCUGAGUGAAAUGGUUACAUUUGUGGAACAAAGA